AUGGACAUCAAGUCUGCCGAGCACUGCGAGAAGCCCGACGUGGCUGUCCUGCAGCCCGAUGAGCUCCCUCUCCCAGAAGAGCUGGGUGAGCUCAACGAUGACGAUAGGGAGAUGAUGGAGAAGAGGCUUGUGCAUCGACUGGAUGUGACGCUUAUGCCUGCCGUCUUCCUGCUCUUCCUGCUCAACAUUCUGGACCGCAACAACAUUGCCAGCUCUAAGAUUGUCGGCAUCACAGACUCUCUCAACCUGUCCAAUGCGCAGUACAACACGUGCCUCCUCCUCUUCUACGUCGGCUAUAUCAUCACCCAGGUGCCGUCCAACAUGAUUAUCGGAAAGGUGCGCCCGUCGUACUACAUCUGCCUCAUCACUGCGCUGUGGGGAAUCCUGUCCAUGUGUCAGGGCUUCACCCGCGACUUCGCCGAACUGGCUUCUGUGCGGUUCCUACUGGGCCUUGUGGAAGCACCCUUCCUGCCUGCCGUCUUCGUCCUCAUGAGCUGCUGGUAUAAUCGGCGCGAGCUGCCGCCGCGCGUCGCAAUACUGUAUGGAGGAAACAUGCUCGCCACUGCCUUUUCGGGCCUCAUUGCCGCAGGGAUCACCGACCGUAUGCAAGACGUUGCCGGUCGGCCCUCGUGGUCGUGGCUCUUCAUCAUCGAGGGCUCCAUGACGGUCGGCAUCGCCAUCCUCCUUGUCCCCGUCCUGACUGACUACCCACUGCAGAGCCGCCAUGUCUUCAUCGGCCGGGACCUGCAGCUCUAUGCCGAGUGGCGCAUCCGCAAGGAGAAUGCCGGCCUGGCAGACGAGGAUGCCGACUCCGUGUACCGCGGGCUGCUGCGGGCCCUGGCAGACCCGAAGCUGUACCUUUUCGUCGCGAUGCAGAUGGCGCUCAUAACGGCACAGUCGUUCAACAACUUCUUCCCCUCUAUUGUCGGUACACUGGGGUACGACAGCACGAAAACGCUCCUGCUCACGUCGCCGCCCUAUUUCUUCGCCUUCUUCGUCUCGCUUGCCGUAUCGUUCCACGCGUCCGCCAGCAAAGAGAGGGGGUACCACACUGCUCUGCCGAUGGCCGCUGGCCUCCUAGGGAACAUGCUGGCCAUGUUUGUCCCCUCCACGGCGGGCCGCUACGUCUCCAUGUUCCUCAUGACGGCUGGGACGUACGCCCCGUAUAACCUAUGCGUCAGCUGGGUGAGCGCUUCGCUGCCGCGACCCCGUGCAAAACGUGCUGCCGCGCUGGCCAUUGUCAACUUCAUGUCUGCCGGUGUUGCGCACUUUUACACGUCGUACAUGUUUCCCGAUUCGCAGAAGCCGCGAUACUAUGCUGGUGGGGGCGUCAUGAGCGGCGCUUGCGUCGUCUGUGGUCUCAUGGCGCUGUUCAUAAAGUCUCGUCUUAAGAGGGAGAAUGCGAGAUUGGAGGAAGCUGAGAACCGCGGGGAGGUCACGGGUGUUUCUUUUAGAUAUGUACACUGA